AGUUGUACGGACUCUUAUUAUAUAAUUGGUUGUUACAGACCCGCAUGCAUCACCAACUCUAUGAUUGAAAAUCUCUCUCUGCUGUGUUUCUGUUAGGGUUUCCUGCUAUAGACGAUCGAAUCAAUUUAUAUGAGCAGCUAGUGUUAGUUUUCUUUGUAGUAUGAGCAUGAUAGGGCAAGCAGGGAACUGUUCAAGGAGUUUUGUUUGAGUUCCUUGGUUUGGAUUGAAGUACAAGACAGUGCUUUGGUGAAAUUUGGUUCACUGUUCUACCAUAAAUGACAAAAGGGUUUACUGUGUUUUCUAGUUUUCCGGCGACUCAUGUGAUUUGGCUGUCUACCUUUCCACCUCAAAUUACCGACACGCGAUCUUCACCAUCACCGGAGUCCAGUGCAAUUUCACAGUUUGCUUUCUCAGUGAUCAAGUUCCGUAAAAGAUGAUGACAGGAAACAACAACAAAGGUGUUGCAGAAUCAUCAGAAGUUCUGAAUAGAAGCUCUAAUGACAUUGAACAGAAGAGAAACUCGCACGAAAACAAACAGCAGAGUAAUUUUCAUGAAAUUCAAUUGAAGAAACACUCUCAUGAUAGUACUGAAGAGAAAAGGGACUCACAUGAUACUGAAGAGAAUAGGAACUCUCACGGUACUGAAGAGAAAACCAACUCCAACUCUCAUGAUAUUGAAGAAAAGACCAACUCUCAUGAAAAUGAAGGGAAGAUCGACUCCCAUGAAGGUGAUGAACCACCUGAGAAAGGGAUAAUCACUACUAGAAGUCCCAAUGCACCAAGCCCUAUUAGAAAGAGAAGAGGAGGAUGGAAACUUGCAAUUCUCUUGCUAGCAAAUCAAGGCCUAGCAACACUAGCUUUCUUUGGUGUUGGUGUGAACUUGGUUUUGUUUCUAGUCAGAGUUCUUGAACAAUCAAAUGCCGUAGCGGCCAACAAUGUUAGCAAGUGGACUGGAACAGUUUAUCUGUUCUCUCUGGUUGGAGCUUUCCUCAGCGAUUCCUAUUGGGGCCGUUACUUAACCUGUGCCGUCUUUCAGGUCUUCUUUGUAAUGGGCUUGGGGUUAAUGUCACUUACAUCUUGGCUUUUUCUGAUCCAUCCAUCUGGUUGUGGCGAUGGAGAAAAACUUUGCAAUCCCCCAUCCAAAGCUGGUGUUAUUCUUUUUUACCUAUCAAUAUAUUUAGUGGCAUUUGGAUAUGGUGGUCACCAACCUACUAUAGCAACAUUUGGAGCGGACCAAUUUGAUGAGGCAGAUCCUGAACAGCAAAGUUCCAGAGCAGUUUUCUUCUCUUAUUUCUACUUUGCACUCAACGUGGGGUGUCUCUUCUCAAACACCAUCUUAGUUUAUUAUGAGGAUCAUGGAUAUUGGAAUAUAGGGUUUCUGGUCUCAUUAGGGUCAGCAGUCAUAGCCCUAUUGUCCUAUUUGAUGGGAUCAAGUCGGUAUCGGUAUAUAAAACCAUGUGGCAACCCUUUACCUCGUGUUGCUCAGGUGUUUGUGGCUGCUGCUAGAAAAUGGCAUGUUGUUCCAGCUGAUCCAGAUAAUCUGUAUGAGAUGGAAGGAAAAGAAUCUGCAAUCAAAGGGAGUAGAAAGAUUCUUCACAGUAAUGAAAUAGAGUUUUUGGACAAGGCAGCAACGAUAACGGACAGGGAUCAAAAUGAGAAAAACCCUUGGAGGCUUUGUACUGUAACCCAAGUCGAAGAAGCCAAAUGCGUCCUGAAACUUCUACCUAUUUGGCUUUGCACUAUUAUUUACUCAGUGAUCUUCACACAAAUGGCUUCUCUAUUCGUAGAGCAAGGUGAUGUGAUGCAUGCCCAAAUCGGAAAUUUUCAUAUCCCAGCUGCUAGCAUGUCAGCUUUUGACAUAUGCAGCGUCCUAAUCUCCACCGGAAUUUACCGCCAAGUCCUUGUGCCUUUAGCUGGAAGAUUAAGUGGAAACCCUAAAGGGUUAUCAGAGCUUCAGAGAAUGGGAAUUGGACUAAUUAUUGGAAUGUUAGCAAUGGUUGCAGCUGGUGCCACGGAGAUUGCAAGGCUCCAAUAUGUGGAGCAGGGUAAGAAAGUAAGCUCUUUGAGCAUAUUUUGGCAAAUUCCACAAUAUGUUUUUGUUGGUGUUUCAGAAGUUUUCAUGUAUGUUGGUCAACUUGAGUUCUUUAAUGGAGAAGCCCCAGAUGGGAUAAAAAGCUUUGGAAGUUCUUUGUGCAUGGCUUCAAUCUCUCUUGGGAAUUAUGUGAGCAGUAUGCUAGUUGCUAUGGUGAUGGGGAUUACAGCAAGAGGUUCAGACCCAGGUUGGAUACCAAAUAAUUUGAAUGAAGGUCAUAUGGACAGGUUCUACUUCUUGAUUGCAGGACUAACAGUUCUCGACUUUGCUUUUUAUUUAUAUCUUGCUAAGAGGUACAAGUACAUUAACCUUGAAGGCCCUGAGAAUGAAGAGGUUAGUCAAGAAAGUCAGGAUGAUGAGGUGCUCAGAAGUGUUUAGACCUUAGUUAUGGUGCUUGAUUUGGUAAUAAUGGUGCUUAAUUUUGCAUGCAGUCAGUCUUUUUGUUUAGGGUUUACAAUAAUCAUAUUUUAGCCAUGUUUUGGCUUAGGCUUUUAUUGGUUUUUGACUCUCCUUCUUGACAUUUUGGGAAUAUAUAUAUAUAUAUAUAUAUAUAUAUAUAUAUAUAUAUAUAUAGUUCUUUAGUCGUUCUCUAGUUGUGU